UAAGUAAAUAAACCAGCCAUGGGGCGAUCAACCCACGCGCUGCUCCUCCUAGUCGUCGCCGUCGCAGCGGCGACCUGCUCCUCGGCUGCGGCCCAGGUGCCACCCGAGGUGGCCGCAGUCUGCAAGACCACCCCGUUCGCGGAUCUGUGCAGCGCCACGGCCGGGAAGCAGGCGGGGCACUACACCACCAUGGACGCGGUGGCGGUGUUGAACAUGCAGGUGGACGCCUUCGCGAAGCGCACGUCGGCGGCGAAGGAGCACGUGACCCAGAUGUCCGCCGAGGCGAGCCCCGCGGCCAAGAAGGCGCUGGAGUUGUGCGAUAGCCUCUACUCGGACGUGGAGGACAACCUCGGUGCGGCACGCCGUGCCUUAGGCUUCAAGGACGCCACAACCGUCCGAGCCAUGAUGAGCAUGGCGGCCCAGGACAUGCAGAACUGCGACGAGGAGUUUAGGAAAGUCGGUGAGAAGAACCCCAUGGACCGCUUCGACCAGUCGCUCCUAAAGAUAUCUGAGAACUGCCGCGCCCUCUCCAACAUGAUCUAAUCUCAUAUAGGUCACAUCUCGUCUCAUGGAUCGGACACGCGCGUAGACGGAUCGAUCGGUCGACCUGACCUUGAUUGCCGCUACCGUUAACGCUGCACACAUUGUUGAUUUCACGUGUUUUUCUACUAUUUUUUUAUGUUCGUCUCAUCUUGUUUACCGGUGAGAUGUGUAUAUUACCCGGUCUUGGGAAGGGGAGGUGAAUUGAAAUUUGUUUCUAAAUUC